UUCUCGAAUCCAGUAGUCGUAAAUGUAAAACCGGCUUAAAUAUCCGCUGGGAGGUUUGACAUCAAUUGACAUGGAGGGGAUAAAAUUUGGACAGUGCUGCUUGGCAAGGUGAAGUGGAGAAAAUUUGAUAAAUUGGGGGACGGUUUUAUAUACAUUAUUUGCAUUUACAUCAUUACAGUUUAUUUUUUAAAAUGCCUCAUCACGGUUCCUGCGUCGUUUUUGACUGCCUACUUACGUGGAGAAAUAGUGACGUAAAAUUCUUGCGUUUUCCUACAUCUAAAAGUAGGUCAGAACAAAGAGAAAAAUGGAUUAAAGCUGUACGGAGACAGAAUUUAGAUGGAUCCAGCUGGACUCCAAGGCCUUCUGAUAGAAUAUGCAGUACACACUUUAUAGGAAAUACAGUAUCACUUCAUCCACAUGAUCCCAAUUAUGUACCAACUAUAUUUCCAAAUAUUUACAAAGAAAUGAUAACUAAUCCAAUUACUGCUUUAAACAGGUUUAAUCGUGUGCAUGGGCACAGUGUUAAAAAAGUUAUUGGAAUGAACUCUUUGAACAAAUCCACAGAAAUUACCACACAAACAAAUAUCGAACUUAACUCACAGCAGCUACACGAAGAAUAUCAAAUUGAAGAAGAUGAAGAUCAAAAAGGUCGUGCUAAAAAAGUUAUUGGAAUGAACUCUUCGAACAAUUCCACAGAAAUUACCACACAAACAAAUAUUGAAAUUGACUCACAGCAGCUACACGAAGAAUAUCAAAUUGAAGAAGAUGAAGAUCAAAAAGAUCAUAAUUUACUUGAACUUGUAAACACAAAUAGUAAUGAAAGUGAUUACAAUAAACUCGUUACAUUGUUUGAUAAAACUGUUGAUGCAGCCUGUCAAGUUUAUAUCUGGAAUGAGAACAAACCAUAUCCACAUGAUAAUACGUUUGUUUGUAAUCGGUACAUUUACCAAUCUUCUUCUUCAUCGGAUGCGGAAAUUCAAACUGAUCUUUGUGGAUCAAAUGAAGUAAUACUUGAGGGGAUUAAAAUAGAAAUGGUAGAAGAUAGAAGUGCUAUUUUCAACAUUUGAAGAUGUAGAAAAUAGAAGUGCUAUUUUCAUUUAAAGAUAAAUGCGUUAUCCUGUUAUAGUUAAUUCUGUUACUUUCUGUAUUCAUGUUUAUAACCAAUAGAACAAUCACAUUGAAACCAUUUUUACAAGGCAAAAUACAACCUAUGAAACACAAAGUAAAUGGGAAAUUAAUUAAGAAUAGAAAGGGUAUAUGUUCACUUGUACCCUUUCCAUCCUAAAGAGACCUGCACUUCAAUAAAAUAUUGUUUCUAGUUUACAAAUAUAUACAUGCAUAUCUCGUUUUUGAAGAAAAGUGUAUUUGUACCCUUCCUAUCCUAAGUCCCACUCAAUUCAUAGUGAAAAAAGUGAACAAAAAAUGUUUUUAAAGUUAUGUUAAAGUUUUUGUUGAUGCAUCAUAAUGAAUACAGAUGAUACAAACACCAACGACUGCUUCUUUAUUUAGAGGAUUUUCAUCAACUAAAAGUGAUGGUGAUGAUCAAUAUUCUUGCAGGAAUAA